AUGUCGUUGUAUCAACCAUUUACAAGGUCAAUAAGUCAAAGAGGAUGUUUAACUCCUAAUAAUCAUCCGGAAAUCGAUCAUGAUAGUAAAUUAUUAAUUAAACAACCCAUAGCUACUUCUAAUACUAGAAGUAGUAUAUUAUCGCCACCAUUAUCACCAUAUCAAAGAAAUCCAAUUAGUCACAAUGAUGAAGUACCAACCACCCCAAUUGAACAAACCACCAAUUCAAUUAAACCAUAUAAAGUAUCCAAGAAUUAUAUUACAUCCAGCAAACCAUUUAAAGUUGAAAAUUAUAAGAGUUAUAAGUUAACUGUUAAUCCAUGGAAUAAUUUAAAAUCCAAUUAUAAACAACGUCAAUUAAAUUUUUUACAACAAUAUUCAAUCAUGUCAAAUCGCGAAAGUUAUUCAAAUAUUCGUUUAAUCGAUAGAAGAGGCCCUUAUAAGAAGAAGUUUCUCAAUAGUGAUUCUGAUUCUGAAUCCAAUAAUGAAAGAAUUAGAACUCGUAGAAUUAUUAAAGAAAAUUCAAUUCAAUUACCAAGCGACUCUGAAGCUUCCGCUUCAAUUCCUUCUUCUCCCAAAAAACAAAGAAAAGUUAGAAAAGAUCCUCCUUACGCAGGAUCUCCCUUGGCUAUUCAACAAGCUUCUUUCAUUGAUGAAAAUAUCCCCGAUUAUAGCCCAGAUACUUCACUAACCUUACCAGCAAACAAUUCAAGAGCUUUAAAAGUUGAAUGGAAAGGUCAACCAAUGGAUCUUAAAAAUGAUCCAAACGCUUCUAAAUUACAUCCUGCUGAAGUAGUUUUGGCUUCUACUUUAAGAUUACCUUGUAAUGUUUACUUGGAUUCAAAAAGAAGAUUAUUUUUCGAAAAAGUCUCCAGAUUGAAAAAUGGCAUGCAAUUCAGAAGAACUGAUGCCCAAAAAGCUUGCAGAAUCGAUGUAAACAAAGCUUCCAGGUUAUUUGCUGCUUUUGAAAAAGUCGGGUGGCUAAAUGAUGAACAUUUUGCCAAAUACUUAUAGUUAUUUAAUUCAUUCACUUCAGGU